AUGGAGAUCAUGGAGAAGGUGGAUAGAAGUAAGAGAUUAAAAACACUGAUUUGCCACUUAGGAAAUCAGAGACUAGAAUGGUUCCAUUUGGUGGAAGGUGGUAGCUAUAUUUCACACUUGAAGUUUGCAGAUGAUACUAUCAUCUUUUUUAAGGAAACAAAGGAGGAGGUUAGAAAACUUCUCAUUAUUCUCUUGUUAUUUGAAGUUCUUACGGGUCUUAAACUUAACUCGGAAAAGAGCUCAAUCACUAGUAUUGGAGCUGAUGAUAUAGUUCAGGAGUUGGGUUGUAAGUUGGAUUUUCUGCCCAUCACAUAUUUAGGUAUGCCCAUCGGGGCUGGUAGAAGGAGUGUUGUGAUAUGGGAGGUAGUAAUUCAAAAGAUGCAGAGAAAGCUUGCACCAUGGAAAAGGAAGUACCUAAAUAAAGCAGGAAGAGUGGUUCUAAUUAGUACUACUCUAGAAAGCUUAGCUGUGUACUUUAUGUCCUUACAUUAUCUGCUAGUUUCUGUAGAAAAAAGACUAAAUACCAUUAUGAGGAAGUUCCUUUGGGGUGAGGAUGAAAAUAACAGGAAGAUGAGCUGGAUAAUUGGAGAAGAAUUUGUACUCCAAAGAAAAAAGGAGGUUUGGGGAUUAGGAAAAUUUAAGGUUGGUGAAUAG